GAAAAACAUAAGAAUUAAGCUUUGAGAAUGUCUCUGGGAAGUCAUAUAAUGCAGGAAUAUAACAAAUUUUAGAAUGGGAAACUGGGAGUCUUUUAAUUAGUGGCAACUGCUGCCAAAAUCUCAGAUACAUGUUUUUAAAAUAUUUGUUUUGUUUUUGUUUUUACAAUGUGUGAGGGAUGGAUGUGGGAUGGAUUCCAGUUUCUUUUUGCCAUGGAUACAAGGACUGGCAAGUUAUCAGCAUGAAUUAAGGAGGACAAAAAAAAACUUCAUCUCAAUGUUAAAUUCAAAUUUGGAGGAAUGACCAUGGUGAAAAGGACGGGACUGGUAUUUUCACUGGUUUACUUUAUGGGAUGGCUUUGGCUCACUUCUCAGCAGGUCCUAAGAAUUGGGGGCAUCUUCGAGACCCUUGAAAAUGAGCCUAUAAGCGUUGAAGAACUAGCCUUUAAAUUUGCUGUAACCAACAUAAACAGGAACCGGACCUUAAUGCCAAACACCACGCUGACCUACGACAUCCAGAGAAUAAACCUAUUCGACAGUUUUGAAGCCUCCAGGAGAGCAUGUGACCAGUUGGCACUGGGAGUUGGGGCUGUGUUUGGUCCAUCUCACAGCUCAUCUGUCAGCGCAGUUCAGUCUAUCUGUAAUGCACUGGAAGUCCCUCACAUCCAGACUCGCUGGAAACACCCCUCAGUGGACAACAAGGACAGCUUCUACAUUAACCUCCACCCUGAAUAUACCUCUAUAAGCAGAGCCGUGUUGGACAUAGUGCAGUUCUACAAGUGGAAAGCUGUCACUGUAGUCUACGAGGAUGCAACUGGUCUGAUUCGUUUGCAAGAGUUGAUCAAAGCUCCAUCCAGAUACACCAUCAAAAUCAAGAUCCGGCAGCUUCCAUUAGGCAGCAAGGAUGCCCGUCCCCUGCUGAAAGAGAUGAAGAAGGGGAAGGAGUUCUUUGUUAUAUUUGACUGCUCUUACCAAACAUCAGCUGACGUUUUAAAACAGAUCAUGUCUAUGGGGAUGAUGACUGAAUAUUAUCACUACUUUUUCACCACAUUGGACUUGUUUGCCCUUGACCUGGAACCCUACCGCUACAGUGGAGUCAACAUGACUGGAUUCAGACUGCUCAAUGUGGACAAUCCUAAAGUGGCUUCAGUGCUGGAGAGGUGGGCCAUGGAGCGACUGCAGGCUCCCUCCAAAGUUGAGACUGGAAUGAUGGAGGGAAUGAUGACAACCGAGGCAGCUCUGAUGUAUGAUGCAGUUUACAUGGUGGCUGCUGCCUCACAACGCACCUCGCAGCUCACCGUCAGCUCUUUGCAGUGCCACAGACACAAACCUUGGCGCUUCGGAUCACGCUUCAUGAACCUGCUCAAAGACACACAAUGGGACGGUUUGACGGGACAAAUUGCCAUCAACAAGACAGAUGGCCUGCGCAAAGAAUUUGAUUUGGAUGUGAUCAGCCUAAAGGAGGAUGGUUUGGAGAAGUCAAUGACGGGCAGCCGCCUAAAUAAAGUGUGGAAAAAGAUUGGUGUCUGGAACUCCCAGAUGGGCCUUAAUUUAACAGAAACCAGCAAGGACUCUUCUACAAAUGUCACAGAUUCAAUGGCCAACAGGACCCUCAUUGUCACUACUAUUCUGGAAAACCCUUAUGUCAUGUAUAAAAAAUCAGACAAGCCUCUAUAUGGGAAUGACCGCUUUGAGGGUUAUUGCCUUGACCUCCUCAAAGAGCUCUCCAACAUUUUGGGCUUCUCCUAUGAAGUAAAACUGGUUUCAGACGGAAAAUACGGAGCACAGAAUGACAAGGGGGAGUGGAACGGCAUGGUUCGAGAACUUAUCGAUCACGUGGCUGACCUUGCUGUAGCCCCUCUUACCAUCACGUACGUCAGGGAAAAGGUGAUAGACUUCUCCAAGCCCUUCAUGACCUUAGGAAUUAGCAUCCUAUACCACAAACCUAACGGCACAAAUCCAGGAGUGUUUUCCUUUCUGAACCCACUGUCUCCUGAUAUCUGGAUGUAUGUAUUGCUGGCAUGCCUUGGAGUCAGCUGUGUGCUGUUUGUCAUUGCCAGGUUCACUCCGUAUGAAUGGUAUAAUCCUCAUCCCUGUAAUCCAGACUCGGAUGUGGUUGAAAACAACUUUACUCUAAUCAACAGUGUCUGGUUUGGAGUUGGAGCACUUAUGCAGCAAGGGUCCGAAUUGAUGCCAAAGGCCCUUUCAACGAGGAUAGUAGGAGGAAUAUGGUGGUUCUUUACACUGAUCAUAAUUUCCUCAUACACUGCCAAUCUGGCUGCUUUUCUUACUGUGGAGAGAAUGGAUUCCCCGAUUGACUCAGCAGAUGAUUUGGCCAAGCAAACCAAGAUAGAGUACGGUGCUGUAAGAGAUGGGUCUACCAUGACCUUUUUCAAGAAAUCAAAGAUUUCAACCUAUGAGAAAAUGUGGGCAUUUAUGAGCAGCCGAAAAAACACAGCUUUGGUGAAAAACAACCGGGAGGGGAUUCAGCGGGUCCUCACCACUGACUACGCUCUUCUCAUGGAGUCUACCAGCAUCGAAUAUAUCAGCCAGCGCAACUGCAACCUUACACAGAUUGGAGGCUUGAUAGAUUCUAAGGGCUAUGGCGUGGGCACUCCAAUUGGCUCCCCGUACAGAGACAAGGUCACCAUUGCCAUCCUGCAGCUUCAAGAAGAAGGAAAGCUGCAUAUGAUGAAAGAGAAAUGGUGGAGAGGGAACGGAUGUCCCGAGGAGGACAGCAAAGAGGCCAGUGCUCUGGGUGUAGAGAACAUAGGAGGAAUCUUUAUAGUGUUGGCUGCAGGACUUGUUCUCUCAGUUUUUGUGGCGAUUGGAGAAUUUAUUUACAAAUCCAGAAAAAACUUGGACAUUGAGGAAGUAAGUGUGGGCCAGUGUGAAUGGCACAACAAGUAUUAACAUGUUAUGAGACAGUCAAAGACUUCCUGGAACCUAAUAAAACUUUAUGUUAUCAUAUUCUUCACAGGACUACAGUAAUCAGAGAGCCAAUAAAAUAAUCCAGUCUGAUUAAACCUAUACCUAAAAACCGCAUUGCUACAAUCAAUUAAUAUGUUUUCAACACAAAGUAUUGUGUUAGUAGUUUUUAUUGUAGAGAACACACUGAUGUUAGUCUUAAUUCAAAUAUUACAUUAGAAUCCCUUUUUUUUCUGAUAACAAUUGAUCUCAAUCUUGAUACUUGAUUUUUUUUGGGCCUUGCCAUAUUUUCUGGAAUGCGAUGUAAAAUUGUUUUGCAUAUAAGGGGCAUUACUGUAAUGCUGUCACAUUUUGGGUAAUUGUAGAGGCGUGAUAUUAUUUCAGUCCUCUUUUUCAGCAGAGCAUUGCACAGAAACUUUCAUUUAAUGACUGUUCAAACUGUUUAUGAAUGAUUUUUUUUUGUUGUUGAAAAUGUUCAUGAAGUUGAUUUACGUAUCUUAUUUUUCUUGU